CCCCAGUGCCCUUCAUUGUCCAUCACUACCAACGCAGAAAGCUGUUACCUCUGGAUUAGCGUGAGAGUUGCAAAGAUGAAAGAUAGAGAAAGCGAUGGUCUUGACAACAGAAUCUUCGUGGGAGGAUUGGCUUGGGAUGUGACAGAGAGGCAGCUUGAAGAUACUUUUGACCGCUACGGGAAAAUCACCGAGUGUCAGGAAUGUCAUAUAUCUGCUUAUCUCAUUACCUUAAUGUCACAUCUGAUUCUAAGUACUAUAAUGGUGGGGAAAGAUACUGGCCGUCCACGUGGUUUUGGGUUUAUCACAUUCACUGAUCGCCGAGGAGCUGAUGAUGCAAUUAAGCACAUGCAUGGGAGGGAGUUGGGUGAUAGGGUCAUCUCUGUGAACAAGGCUGAGCCCAAGGUUGCUGUUGGAGGCGAUGACGGAGACCAUUUCAAUAAGGGUGGAGGCUAUUCAUCACGAGGGAAGGGAAGCUAUGGAGGUGGAGGAGGAGGAGAUGAGUGCUUUAAGUGCGGACGCCCUGGUCAUUGGGCUCGAGAAUGCCCAUCAGCCGGUGGUGAUCGAGAAAUAUACAGAGAUCCGCUCGCGAUGCGCUCUAGACUUGGAGAAGUCGAUGGACACAGAGAUCGCUAUGGAGACCGUGAGCUGGAGAGGGAGCGUGACCGUGACCGCGACCGCUACAUGGAUGGACGCCGUGAUGGUGGACGGUACAGCUACAGGGACCGUUUUGAAGGUGGAGACAAGUAUGAAACUCGUGAUAACUAUCCAAUGGAGAGGUAUGGGCCACUUGGAGACCGUUUGGUGAGUGAUAGGUAUGGGAUGCAUGAGCACCAUCAUCUCGAGGAUGAGUAUGGAAGGAGAGAGAGAGGCUAUGACAGGGACAGAUACGCAGCAAGGGGUGCAAGUGAUAGGUAUGGAGCUAUGGGACCGUUACGUGACGAGGGAAGAGCCUAUAGAAGCAGCAGACCCGGUCCUUAUGACCGUCCUACUAGCCGAGCUGGAGGCAGACCACCUUCGUAUGAACGUUGGUGAUUUGUUUGGUUAAUGGGAGUAUCCAUGGUUAACCUUUUUUUGGUUUUGAGGUCUGUAUCAGAAUUAUGGAACUAGAAUUCUAGAUCUCUCAGUUAUGGUUUUGUCGAAAUAUUGCGACUCUUUAUCAUACUAAAUAGUUAUGGUUUUUGUGACACUGUUGACUCCCAAAAAGAGAUUCAAUAGAUUAAACUCAAUCAACAUAUAAAUGGUAGAAAACAGAGUCUCCCAUUCUUAAUCAGUGGAGCAAAAUUGAUGGGUUUAGAACACUUGAAACAGAGCUUAGAUCAAGCACACACACUCAUCUAGAUUCAGAAUAAAGGAGGAGCCUUUUAGCGUUACAAUGGAAGAAAAGGAGUUAAACUAGUAAAGACAACAAAUAGACAAAGAAACCCAACACAAAAAGAUUUCAAAAUCUCAAAUCUUGAAUCGAGAUAGAGCAAAAAAAAUCCAAUUUUUUGUUUCUUACUGAGAAAGUUCUCCGAUGUAGAAAUCAUCGAUCAUGUCGAAAACACGAGUGGCGUGUUGUGGUCCGAAAAACCCAUCAGUAGAGUCAUCACCAGCAUGAUCUAGAAUGGCGUCACCACCAGGAUGCUCUUCAACAUAAGAAGCUCGUUACCGGGCCGCUUCUUCUCCUGAUCACCGUUUGAUCUUCUUCGCUUUCCUUGGAUCAAGAACAAUGCUGAAACCAGAAAACCCAGAAUCAAUCCAAUCACAGCUAUCAUCUUCUUCUCUACUCAAGAAAAAGGUAAGUGGGUUUUUCGACAGAGGAUGAAUUGAGUUUCUUUUGUUUUAACAAGUGGAGAGAAUGGUGGAUUAGAUCCAGCUUGCUAACCCAAAUGAUUGAAUUUAGGGUUUUUACUAAACGACGUUCUAUAUGAGGGGCAUAAAAGUCAAAACUUCAUGUACUCUAAAUCCAAUUCCUGAGGUUCUAAAUCCAAUUCCUGAGGUUCUAAAUCAGUUUCCUCUAA